UCGUCUCUGAAAAGCGGAAGACAGAUGAAAGUUGAGCUUCUCAAUGAGCAAAAACAAGAGAUCAGGGAGGCCUUUACUCUUUUUGACAUGAAUGGUGAUGGAUACCUCGACUACCACGAACUUAAGGUGGCCUUGAGAGCAUUAGGAUUCGACAUGUCCAAGAGAGAGGUUCUCAACAUAAUAGACGAAUACGAUACAGACAACCGCAAGCUGAUCAACUACGAAGAUUUUUUCCAAUACGUGGGGAAUAAGAUCAUUGAGCGCGAUCCGAUAGACGAGAUCCGCCGCGCGUUCAGAUUAUUUGACGACGAUGAGACAGGAAAAAUUAGUCUUCGAAAUCUCAGGCGCGUUGCCAAGGAAUUGGGUGAAAAUCUGACAGACGACGAACUUCGGGCGAUGAUUGAUGAAUUUGAUCUGGAUGAGGAUGGAGAAAUCAACGAGGAGGAGUUCAUUAAUAUAUGUACCGAGAACUAAAAUGUAUUACUAGCUAAACGAGCUUCUUAAUAUGGUUGGUUAUCAGUAAACCUGAAAGUGUUGUUAACCGUUCCCAUUUAUUUUCACAGCCCUAAAAUUUGGCGCGUCGCCAAAUAAAGGAUACAGAAACACCCUAGACUUUUUAUCGACCUUAGUAUGGAGGACGUUGAGAAGAUCGAGCAAACCGAGGCCAUUGAGAGAACAUUGAUUGUUGAUCAAGAGAGCAGGCGCCCUGGCACGUCUAAUGUGGAGCACAUUCUUGCAGCAGUAACUUGCACCCUCCCCAUUGCGGUUACCUUAUAUCUGGGCUGGAAAGAUAAGAAGUUCAUGUUAACGGAGCUUUCCAGACAAGAGCUGAUAACAAGGCUAUCGCUGUACAAAUCAAAACCACCAACCAUGAUCUUCAUCAAUUUUCUAAUCUCCUUAGUGGGUGUAGAGAAUAUCCUUGGAAUAAGGUCUUCCCAAUUUGUCACUUUUGCAUCAUUUUACUUGGUGGCCAUCUGGUCACAGGCGUCAAUGGUGAUUGUGCAGAUAGUUGGAAUAGUCAAUGAAAUGCAUCUAGAAAGAGAGUAUUUUUGGUCUAUGACGCUUUUGACCAUCGUUUUCAUACUCAUCGCGCUGGGGUCAUUGUUUAGUCUCUACAGGGCACAGUUGACAAUGAUGAACGAUGCACAAACUGGAUUCACGCUUAUGAGCUCGUUUCAGGCAUGGCUCACGGCUUUUGGAUGUCUUUUCGAAUUGUGCCAUUAUUCGACAAUCAAUUUCAACAAUAUGGUGAAUUACUAUUCUUUUCUCAUCAACAGUCUUUCCGAGCAGCGAAUGCUAAUUCUGCUUGUCAUCAUCCACGUUUGCGCAAUAAUCAUAGUCGGAGCUGUGCUCCUUACAAACUUUUUAUGCUGUCUCGUAUUUGAGAGCGAAACUAAACCUUGGAUUGUAGAUCAGCAAUCCGCUGCAAUGAGAAUGAUGAUUUGUCC